UAGAAAACGAAUAUAUACAAUCUGUAUAGACAAUACAAUAAGUAAUAAUAAUAACAAAAAUGUACAGGGCUUGACGGCUUGAAUGAAGGGGGGCGUCCAGUAACGCUACUUCAACUAGGUACAAACAGCUAUGGUAGAAAAGUGGAUCGCAGGUCGAAAAGGGUUGAAGACCACUGGUAUAGACGAUAUACUUUAAAAUUAUAUUAUGUAAUUUUAAAAUAUAGCACGGGUCAGAUAAAAAAGACUCGCGGACCGCCAGUUGCCCACCCCGGGUCUACAUGAACUAACGCGCAUUGUAUGUUCGGCGUGCUCGCCUUAAGGUCAACAGGUUCAACGGUUAUAGUAAAAACGGGAAGUAUAACAAAUAUUUGUAAGAAGAUUUUUGUGGUUGGGAAAAAUUAUUUGAUAUUUAAUUCAUUAUUACAGUAUAAACCAUAGUGAUGCUUACUAUGUGUUAUAUGACUGUUUCAGUUCCCUAACCGAUCGGUGUACCGGUAUUUCGAUAUAUCGGUCUUUUCAAAUUAUUUUGGUAAACGGUAUACCGUGUAAAAUGUAUCAACGAGAAAACUUUUCUAUUUAUAAAAUUACCUCCGUUUUUAGUAUUGGGAAUUCCGGUCCUAAUCGGUUAUUUACUAUACAGCCCAGACCGCCAGGGUAUAGGACUUUGUACAAUUAACAAGAAACCCGAUUUAUUGUCAUAAUUUUGUCAUCAUGUUUAAACUAUAGUAACUUUUGAGUUAUUCUUGACCAAAUUAUGAAUACCGAUUAUCGACGGUCGUAGUGGUUCUAGUUAUUUGACAAUUAAAAACAGUUCAACACCAUCAGUCAUCAAACAUUCUAAAUAUCAAGUCAUCAUAAACGUAUAUAAAUUGAAAACAUAAUACUCGAAAUGGCAAAACAACGUUCCAAAAUUUGGAUAUACUUUUCUAAAAAUAGUAAAGAUAAAGGUUUAUGCAAUAAGGGCGCCUUCACACGUAACCACUCGGCAGCGCUUCUUAGCAGCGCUGCUGUUGGAAAAACAUAAGUUUUUUAUAGAUGGUUUCACACACGACCACGGCCACUAAUUUGAAGCGCCACGGACGGUAUCAGUGGCUGGCUUCGCCGCAGAACGCGGAGUCUAAAAGUCGCGCUUCUCGAGACAGAACGUAUUUUUAGAUUGGGGGUUUCACACGUGACUAAAAUCGCUCGACUAUUUUUGCAGCCCGUUGGUAGCGCGUCAGUAGCGCAUUAGUAGCGCGAUUAAUUCGUGUUUGAUCAAACGAUUUCAAUUAUUAUCAUUUUAAUUUCAGUCUUUAUUUGUCAGACUAAGUGCUGUGUCCUGUCAAUGUUAUUAUCUCUUUUUAUAUUUUGAAACAAUGACAUUUGAUUGUGCAAACAUUAAUAUUGAAGAUUUCAUCAGUGAAAUAGAAAACUGAUCCGCAAUUUGGGACCUAAAGCAUGACGACUACAGCAAUAAAAAUGUAAAACGCAAUGCGUGGGAAGCAGUAAUAAGUAAAUUUGUUCCCAAUUUCAAUGAUAUGUCUGAGGCUGAGAAAAAAGUAAUUGGUAAUUCAUAUCAACGAAAAUGGAAAAGUCUACGCGAUUCAUAUACACGAGAAUUGGCAAAGCAAAAGAAUGAUAUGAAAUCAGGUUCUACAACAAAAUUUCGAAAAAAAUACAUAUUUUUUGAUCAACUCAGAUUUUUAGAUACUACCACAAAACCUACAGAUGAUAGUAUAGAGUUGAGCGAUCAUGAAAGAAAUUUAGAAGAAAUUGAAGCAGUACCUGAAGAAAAUAUUAAUAAAAUGCCUUAUAAAGGAAAGCCUAAGAAACGGCAUUCUGACGAAGACCUCUUGGAAGUUCUAAAAAAAAAAUAUUAUCAACAAGAGACAAAAAAAAGUUUGGAUUCUGAAAACGAAGACCGAUUAUUUUUAUUAUCCCUAUGUAAAGACUUACAAUCUAUACCAGAUCAUAUGAAACUAAAUGUAAAGACACAAAUGAUGAAUUUAAUAGCGUCUGCCAAACAAACAACUUGUGCUACUUUUUCAGGUCAGCUCUAUCCUUUAACCACUAUAAAUCAAUACUCACAUCCGAAUCCGAUAUGUCCACAGUUUAAUAUAAACUCUUAUUCAAGCCAACCUGUACAACCUGCCAUACGGACCAACGUAAAUCGGCCCCUAAAUACGCAAUCUGAAUUUGGAAUCGAAAUACCUGUAUACAAGAACCAAACGCGAGCGCAGCAUCAAGACCAGUUAUGGUCUUCAACUUAUAGCCCCGAAGAUGCAUCCUCUGUUCAAAGCGAUUUAUCUAAUGAUGUAUUUAGCAAUUAAAAGUAACUCUCAAAAAGUAUGUCAACAAUUGUUUUUUAGUUUAUAA